GUGCAAAUUGUCACUAUUUUUUUUCCCACCGACCCAACCCACGUACUGUUCGAAACAAUGGCUAGAUUCUCUUUGAUCCCUCGCGCUGGCCCCUUACCAGGAGCUAUCAGGCAUUGGGUUCCCUCGCUCGGGAUCUGGGGCUUCGGAGCUGCGUUUGCUGUCUCCUACUUCAUGUCCGACGUUCCCAAAUUCAGGAUGGACGUACUCGAUAACAUCCCAAUCGUCCGGUCGUACUUUAUCGAUGACACUCCUGCUUCAGACAAGCCAUUCUAGUCCUAGCCAGACUUUUCACAAUAAAUUUCUGCAAUAUAAAGAUAUCAUUAUUACGCUAUAUACAGGGCUGUAGCAACAGAAGUUGUGACAUCACACGUUCCUCUAAGGUUUCCAAGAAAGAAGAAACAAAA